AUGCCUACAGACAAGCUUAUGAAUAGUGAAAGGAGCGUGUUCGUGGUGCACCAUGUGACCGAUUCGCAAAGACAGUCAGCCAAUGGGUCAUCGAGCUCCCCCAGCUCAGGUGUGAGUAGUCAGAUAGCAUCCAGCAAUGGCGCUCUUCCUGGGGCUUCAACAGUACAAGCAGCUUUGGCCGCCUUCCAGGCCGGCCAACUAUCGUUAAAUCAGUUGAUGAGCCUAGGCUCGUCUCAGAAUCAGCAGCAAAUGCUGGGAGCUGUCCCCGUGCCAAACAUAUCUCAACUCAGUCCCCAUGAGCUGCAAACUCUUCAACAGUCGCUUCAACAGCAUCAACAGAACCUUCAACAACAACUUCAACAGUUUGUCCUCUUCCAGCCAGGAUCGGGAUCCCAACUGUCAAGCCAGGCUCAGUUUUUCCUACAGAAUCAGGUACAACAAGCAGUAGCUCAGGCUGCUCAACAGCUUCAGCAGCUCCAAAAACACCAGUCAAGUCACAACAUGUCGUCCAGUCACAAUCACCAGAAUCACAGUCACCACAGUCACAACCACGGCAGUCACAGUCACAGUCACAUAGGCAGCAGUCAUCACAAGCAGACGUCAGUGCCCCCACCUCCCCGGAUCAUAGACACUGAUGAGACGACCGACCUUGAAGAGCUCGAACAAUUCGCUAAAACGUUCAAACAGCGACGCAUCAAAUUAGGUUUCACGCAAGGCGACGUCGGUCUGGCGAUGGGCAAGCUGUACGGCAACGACUUUUCGCAAACGACAAUAUCAAGGUUCGAGGCGCUGAACCUGUCUUUCAAGAACAUGUGCAAACUGAAGCCGCUGCUGCAGAAAUGGCUACUGGACGCCGAUAACUCGCUCAACAAUCCCAACUCGCUGAGCAAUCCGAUGACGACGCCCGAGGCGAUCGGACGCCGACGCAAGAAGCGGACGUCGAUUGAGACCAGCGUCCGCGUCGCCCUGGAGAAGGCGUUCCUACAGAACCCUAAGCCCACCUCGGAGGAGAUCUCCAUUCUGGCCGAUAGCCUCGCCAUGGAGAAGGAGGUCGUCCGGGUCUGGUUUUGCAAUAGGCGACAAAAAGAGAAACGCAUCAACCCACCCACGGCAGCAAUGGGCUCUCCAAACUCAAGUCUUUUCGCGGCAUCUCUGGCGGCCACAGGCGGCCCGACGCUGGCGUCGCCCCUGGCGCUGGUCAACCCCUCCAGUCACCCGCACGCGCAUGCGCAUCACGGCUACACGUCACGGCCCGAGUGACAUUGGUACCACUCACCGGUACUUCAGGAAUGAGCGCCUGGUGACGUGGCACGGUUAGGUUAGGUCGACAAAAGCAAUCCACUAACUAUCUAGGCUAGGUUAGGUUAGGUUGCUGAAACGAGUAGAUGAGACGGUGCUUUGAAACCAAAUCCUAGUGUACCUUAAAUAAAAAACACAACAUCACAUACGAAAAAUACUACUGCCAUCCAUCCACAACAAAUUGGCACCAAACAGUACAGCACUUCAACUAGAGUAUAUAGGUUGCCUGUACUUUACAUACAAUCCUUGUAUACAAUGUAUACAAACUAUGUAUAUAACAAUCCCUUGUACAUAUAGUAAACAGAGGAUAUUUUAAGAAUAUAUCGUUUUUAGAUUUCACUUCAGAGGAAGUGUGAGGAAUUCCAUUCAUACAUAUUCAUAUAUAACUAUUACUAUAAACAAAAAUCCAAAUUAAAUUAUGUAAAUCACCCCGAAGACUUCUGCUACUGCAAAUAUUGACAACAGGGUAAACAACUAGAUGGAAAUUCGAUGAGAGCUACUAUCCAUAUAUAUUUGAUGCAAUACCCCAGAAGUCUAAAGCUGCGUUUACACCAAAGUUAUUAACAAAAUGUUAAUAACUCAAUCCUUAUAGAUACACUAUCAUAUACAUGAUGAACAUAUGUGAUUGACAAGUUCUGUUCAAUCUAAUAGAAUCUAUAAGGAUGAAGUUAUUAACAUUUUGUUAAUAACUUUGGUGUAAAUUAACCCAGCUUUAUUCGGGGUGAUUUAAAGAAUUUAAUUUGGAUAUUCAUUUAAUUAUCCAUUAAUUAUCAUUUGAAUAAAAUGCAAUUUCUCAUUAAUUUCCAUCUGUUCACAAUACAUAUUUUAUUUAUGUUUCUAUUAUUUCUUGUGUACAGUUUUCCUGGUAGGUCUUUACGCUUACCUAUUCAAAAAAAAAAA